GGCAAUUGGGAGAGCACCGUUUCAGUAUUUAUUCUAGUUUUAUACAUCAAAUAUUCAUUACUGGCAAAAGAACAUAUUGUAAAGAGAGCUUUAUUUUGAGCCUGGCUUGGCCUUAAUUUCGCUGUUCAUGGAGGUGGAGCUCGAUAUUAGGGCAUGACGGAGAAUCUCAGAAUACUUUUGUGGCAACUCAUAUUUGUUGCGAAGGUAAUCAAGUAUUAGAUUGGUUGGCUGGACAAGCAAUUCUGGAUGAUAUUUCUCUCCAGCAUGGUGAUGCCCUUCACCCCGAUUUGAUCUAAAUUUCGAAGAUCGAUGGCCGUGGAGUUGGAUAUAUUAGGCAUAAUUAAUUGUUCAUUCCUGUUUUUCAUUUGAAGUUCACUUUAUGUAACUAAAGAGUUUUGUAUGCUAGUUUGAUCAGCAAUCCACCUAAAUGGUAGUGGGUUGUGACUCGUGACAAAGCCCGUCAGGAGUCUUUUCUUUUCUUUCUUUUUUCUUUCAGUGGAUCAGCUGCUCAAACUGUUUUCACAUAAGCACAACCAGCUACGUUACUAUCAAGAAGACUAUAGAAAAAAGGAAACCGACGGAAGUCUUCAAAAGACUGAAAAGCUUAAUAUUGAGUUACAUAUCAAUAAAUAGAAAACAAUAAAUUUCGAGAGAAAAAGGAAGCCUAGAAAACCUCACUGAUGAUUGGACUCCAAUAGAAGUUUUCAGUACUGAUUGGAGUUCAAUUUACUUGUAAAAUUUCCAACUUUCUUUUUUCAAAUGCCUGUUCUAUAAUUUGCACCAUCUCACAUGAGGGCGUUGGAGUAGUUUGCUUCUCACAUUUCUAUUUACUAUUUCCAAAUGCCUCCCUAGAAUCCGACCACCUCACACAAUCCGACAAUCACAUUGGCGUGUGAUUGAUUAGCUGUUAUUGACUACUCUACCAAGAGUUUGGCCAAGUAGAAAACUCUUACACAGUAGCUAGGAUUAAAUAUGUUACGAUAAAUUUACUAGAAGUACUGUUGGAAAACAAAACGAUCCCUUUUCCUUUUUUUUAUAUUGACUGAAAACCACCUUGUUCAAAGCGCACCAACCCUGGGUUGCGUUCAAUGCAUGGGAACCAGUUCUUGUUCCGUGAGGACUUCUUUGCACUGGCUGUGGGGUCAUGUGGUCCCAAAAAUGUUGCACCCAACACUCCCCCAUGCAAUGUAUCAAAACCAACCUCCUUUCAGUGCGUCACCAAGGCCGGCAGGUGGUCUCCUUGGUGAUUCUAAAACUCCCCGGCAACCUCGCCUUAAACAAACAAAAAAAAAAAAGGUAAAGAAAAACUCAGACUUUCUCGUCCAAAUAACUUCGACUGGGCUUCUCAUGCAGGCAUUUCUAUCCAGCAGAUAGAAGUUACCAAGAAGCAUGUCAUCAAAGUUUAUUGCUGGGAAAAAUUGAUGCUAGAUUUGAAAACUUUUCUCAAUACAAAACAGGCAAAUUUAAGCUCUUAAAAGAAGGGCGGCGAGACUCCUGCCAUUGCGAGGUUUGGGGAGGGUCAUAUGCAGCAUCCUCGGUAUAUACCGAGUGCGAAGAGGCUGUUUUCUGUCUAAAGUUCAGCACAAUAGAUGGAGCAAAGUUUACCAGCCAGUAACAUGAUGCCUGCUUCUUAUGGGGUACUGGACUUGCAAGGUUCUGUGCGCAAGCAUCAUCAACACCACCCACAAGAGUCCCUUCGUCGCCACCCGCAACAGGCAAGCAGCAUCCAACAUCAGAGAUUGAUGGUUCACUCACCAAUAAUGCACGAAGUUUUCCCGUUAAAUGCCAAUCACAUGAAAGAUUUCAAAACCUCCAUGAGUGAUGAUGGCGAUGCGAGCUUCACCGAGGACGGAGUCCAUGAUCAGGAUGAUGCUGGCAAACGGAAGAAGGGCCCUCCAUGGCAGCGGAUGAAGUGGACCGAUCGAAUGGUUAGGCUACUGAUAACUGCAGUUUCCUACAUAGGAGAGGAUGCCAUGCCGGAAUAUAACAAUGGCGGGAGGAGAAAAUGUGCAGUACUGCAGAAAAAGAGGAAGUGGAAGUCUAUAUCAAGAGUGAUGGCAGAGAGGGGCUGCUAUGUUUCUCCUCAGCAGUGUGAAGACAAGUUCAAUGAUCUCAACAAGAGAUACAAAAGGCUCAUAGAUAUUCUUGGAAGGGGCACAGCUUGCAUGGUGGUGGAGAAUCCAGCCCUGUUGGGCCAAAUGGAGCACAUAUCUGAUAAGCUGAAGGAUGAAGUGAAGAAGAUCUUGAGUUCAAAGCAACUAUUCUAUGAGGAGAUGUGCUCAUAUCACAAUGCGAAUCGGUUGCAUCUACCUCACGAUCUGGCGCUUCGACGAUCUCUGCAGCUGGCUCUCAGUAGUAGAGAUGAGCAUGACACAAGGAGGGCUGUGCAUGGAAAUAACGAUGAAGAUGAUCGAAGCGCAGGUACCGACGAUGAGGAAGAUGAUGCUCAGGAGCAUGCUGCAAUAUUGCAUGGCGAUGCUGGGGAUUCAUGCUUACCGAAAAGGUUGAAGCAUUUGGUGGACCAUGAAGAAGUGAGUUUUGGAGACCCUUCAGGGUUACAGCCUCAUCCCCAAGACAUGUCUGCUGUUGCUUGGGGGCAGAAGCACUCUAAGAAUUUUCCAUUACUUCAGCUGGAAGAGCAGAGAUGGAAAAUUCAACUUCAGAUGCUGGAGCUUGAAAAGCAGAGCUUCGAGUGGCAACGAUUCAGUAAGAAGAAAGACAGAGAACUGAACAAGCUGAGGAUGGAGAAUGAAAGGAUGAAGCUUGAGAAUGAAAGGUUGGCAUUGGAGUUGAAGCGCAGGGAGUUAGAGGUUGAUCUUAAUUUGAAGAGAUAUCAGUCAUGAUGCAUGAUUUGGAGAACUGUGGAAUUCAAGCUUUAGAUAUGGUAAGCUGCAGCAGCCUAUAACUAAAGUACUUCCUAGAUGAAGUCCUUGUUUUGUAUUGUUGUUCUAUUAAACUUGUAAACAUGGGCCAUGCAAUUAAACCUUUAUUUCCUUGUCAGAUGAGCAUGUAAGUGUUUCUACAUCUAUCUUCAAAGUUGGAAUGGUCGCUGUUCUGUGUGCAAAAUGAAUGAGAUCUUGGAUUUGUUA